AUGGAGGCAGGGGGGGAGGGGGCGAAUGGGAUCGGAUGGGGAGGUAGUGACCCCCCCUCGGGGACAUCCUCGGAGGAGGUGGCAUCGCCUGUGCGCUGCCGCCAGCACCGCGGCCCCAGCGCCUGCGAGGACUCACCAAGCGCCUGUCCCUGCCGGCCGACACCCCGCCUGCCUGAGGGGGGGCUGGGGCUGCCCGGGCCCCUCAGCCGCCGCCUGCGCCGCGUCUCCCUGUCGGAGAUCGGUUUUGGGAAGUUGGAGACCUACGUCAAACUGGACAAACUGGGAGAGGGCACCUAUGCCACGGUGUACAAGGGCCGCAGCAAACUGACCGAGAACCUGGUGGCCCUGAAGGAGAUUCGGCUGGAGCACGGAGGGGCACCGUGCACGGCCAUCCGCGAGGUGUCGCUGCUGCGGGAUCUCAAACAUGCCAACGUGGUGACGCUGCAUGACAUCGUCCACACGCCCCAGUGCCUCACCCUCGUCUUUGAGUACUUGGAUCGGGACCUCAAGCAGUACCUGGAUGACUGUGGCAACGUCAUCAGCAUGCACAAUGUCAGGCUGUUCCUGUUCCAGCUGCUGCGGGGCCUCGCGUUCUGCCACCGGCACAAGGUGCUGCACCGCGACCUCAAGCCCCAGAACCUCCUGCUCAGCCGCCGUGGGGACCUCAAGCUCGCCGACUUCGGCCUGGCCCGAGCCAAGUCCAUCCCAACCAAGACGUACUCGAGUGAGGUGGUGACGCUGUGGUACCGCCCGCCCGACAUCCCUGGCUCCACCGAGUACUCCACCCAGAUCGACAUGUGGGGCGUUGGCUGCAUCUUCUCAGAGAUGGUGACGGGGCGGCCGCUGUUCCCCGGAGCCACCGUGGAGGAGCAGCUGCACUUCAUCUUCCGCCUGCUGGGGACCCCGACAGAGGAGACGUGGCCGGGGAUCGGGGCCAACGCUGAGUUCCGGGCCCACAAGUACCCGCUGUACCCGCCCGAGGGGCUGCGGCACCACGCCCCACGGCUGGACCACGACGGCGCCGACCUGCUGGGGCAGCUGCUGCAGGCAGGGCAGUUCGAGGGGCGACGGCGGCUGCCGGCGGCGGAGGCCAUGGCUCACCCGUUCUUCGGCUGCCUGGGCCCGCGGGUCAGCGCCCUGCCCGACACCACCUCCCUCUUCGCGCUGAAGGAGAUCCAGCUGCAGAAGGAGCCGGGGCUGCGCGCGGCCCCCCUGCCCCCCCAGGUUCUUCCGCCUUCCGGGUGCUCGACACUGAAUUCUGAUGCUGAGCAGCCCCUGGACUGCUGCUGCAACGCCCCAGGACCCCCCAAAACUGGGGGGGGGUUGCCACAAAACUGGGGGGUGAUGCCCAAGAUAAGGGGUCACCCCAGAACUACAGAGGGCCCCUGGACCGGUAACCACAGCCCCCCAAAAGACCCCCUGAGGAACCGCUGCUGGAUUUGGGGGGCGUCAUGUAGGACCCCCCAUUGGAGGGGGGUUUGGGGUCCCCCCUAUUUUUUGGGGAGUUCCCUUGAGUCUGGGGUUUUUCCCCCAAUUUACUUCGAGUUUUAUUUUUUCAAGGCAAUAUUAUAAAUAAGAGUCAUAUGGGUCCCUCCCCCCAAGGGGUGGGGCUCAGAGGGGGUGGAGCACAGCAGGGUGGGGCCUAGCAGGGGCAGGGCCACCCUGGGAGCAGUUUUGGGGCGGGGAGGGUGAGUUACAGUGCCCUUCUGUGCUUACUCUGAGGUUACUUACACUCAACUCCAGGGUUACCCUGUUGUUAUUUGGGGCCUCAGCAUCUCCCAGGAGGUUCCCCAGGGUGGCGGGUCUUCCUCUGAGGUUGGUCCCACUUCACUCCAGGGUUACCCCAGGGUUACUCAGGCCCAACUCUGACUUUACUCCAAGGCAGCUCAGGCCCAGCUCUGUGGCCGUAUCUGCCCUACUCCAGCCUUAUUUCAUGACUCCUCAGCCUCUCCUUGCUCACUGCUGUGGUGUUACUCAGUUUCUACUCUGAUUACUCAGAUGCUACUCAGCUGGGGCUCCCUCCCCUGGGUUGCUCGUGGAGAUUAUUACUCCGAACCUUCUUGGCCCUUA